GUUAAGGAGAAAUCAAACUGUUUGGCGGUGAGGAUCCUCCCUGGCCUUGACCCAGAAGGGUAACAAGUAACCCAGAGACAAUAUUAAAGCGGAUAAAAGAUUGUGACCAAAGAUUUACCUUGAAGACAACAGAGGGUAGAAAAUCAGCCCAAGGCAGCAACCAAGAGGAACCAUGGAGCCUUGGAAACUCUUUGACCCCUCACCAAACACAAGCAGCUCUCCACCAAAGGACAAAAAAUCCCAUGAAUGCUUAGAGUGUGGGAAAUCCUUUGCUCUCCAGUCUCUCCUUUUGACCCACAGGAAGGUCCAUGUGGGAAGUGGAUCCAGUCAAGGUUUGGAGGGUGAGAAAUCUUUCUCUGGGAAAAACUCCAAGGAUCUCAGAAUCCCCUCAAGACUAAACCUCUAUAAAUGUGAGGAAUGUGACUUAUGCUUUAGUCAAAAGUCAAGCCUUCUUAGACAUCAGAGAAUCCACACUGGAGAGAAACCUUAUCAAUGUCUGGAAUGUGGGAAUUGUUUCUGUAGAAAAGCCCAUCUCAGACGCCAUGAGAGAAUCCACACAGGGGAGAAACCUUACAAGUGUUGGGAAUGUGGGAAGAGCUUUUCUCAGAACUCAGGUCUUCGGUCCCAUGAGAAGAUCCAUGCAGGAAUAAAGCCUUACAAAUGCUUUGAGUGUGGAAAAUGUUUCACCCACAGUUCAGGUCUUCAGAGUCAUCAGAAAAUACACAGAGGGGAUAAAAACGAAAAGUGUCUCGAAUGUGGGAAAAGUUUUACCUUGAAAUCAACUCUGGUGCGACAUCAGAGAAUUCACAGUGGAGAGAGACCCUAUGAAUGCCCAGAAUGUGAGAAACGAUUUGUAAAUUCUUCUCAACUUCGGAGUCACCAGAAGACACACAGAAAUGAGAAACCCUAUGAAUGUGGGGACUGUGGGAAAAGUUUUGUUACACGAAGAGACCUUCAGAUUCAUCAGAGAAUCCACACAGGGGAGAAGCCGUACGAGUGUGGGGAGUGUGGGAAAUGCUUCUCCAGAAAAGACAGUCUUGAAAGGCAUCAGAGGGUCCACACAGGAGAGAAGCCAUACAGAUGCGUAGAAUGUGGGAAAUGCUUUGCUCGUCAGGGAAUCCUUUGGACACAUCAUAAAACCCACACAGGGGAGAAGCCAUAUGAGUGCAACGAAUGUGGAAGUUUUUAUCGUACCUCAUCAGCCCUUAAACGUCAUGUGAAAACUCACACAGGGGAAAAAAACUACAAAUGUUUGGACUGUGGGAAAGCAUUUGCUCAGUCAUCUCACUUUAGAAGUCACAGCCGAAUCCAUACGGGAGAGAAGCCCCAUAAAUGCUCAGAGUGUGAUAAAUGUUUUCCAUGGAAAAAUUCUCUUGUGAGGCAUCAGCGAAUCCACAUUGGAGAAAAACUAAAAAUCAGCACAAGGCAGCAGCCAAGAGGAAGGAUGGACCGUGGGAAAGUCCUGGAUCCCCCAUCAGACACAAGAAGCACUCCAAAAAAACACAAAAAACCUCAUGAAUGCUCAGAGUGUGGGAAAUCCUUUGCUCGCAGGUCCCUCCUUUUGACCCACAGGAAGGUCCAUGUGGGAAGUGGAUCCAGUCACGGUUUGGAGGGCGAGAAAUCCUUCUCUGGAAAAGACCCCAAAGAUCUCAGGAGCCCCCCAACACUAAAACCCUAUAAAUGUGUGGAAUGUGACUUAUGCUUUAGUAAAAAGUCACACUUUCUUAGACAUCAGAAAAUCCACACUGGAGAGAAACUUUAUCAAUGUGUGGAAUGUGGGAAUUGUUUCCGUGAAAAAGCCACUCUCAGAGACCACAAGAGGAUUCACACAGGGGAGAAACCUUACAAGUGUUGGGAAUGUGGGAAGAGCUUUUAUCAGAACUCAGGUCUUCGGUCCCAUGAGAAGAUGCAUGCAGGAAUAAAGCCUUACAAAUGCUUUGACUGUGGAAAAUGUUUCACCCACAGUUCAGGUCUUCGGAAUCAUGUGAGAACACACACAGGGGAGAAAAAUGAAAAGUGUCUCGAAUGUGGGAAAUGUUUUACCUUGAAAUCAACUCUGGUGCAACAUCAGAGAAUUCAUACUGGAGAGAAACUCUAUGAAUGCCCAGAAUGUGAGAAAAGAUUUGUAAAUUCUUCUCAACUUCGGAGUCACCAGAAGGGACACAAAAAGGAGAAACCCUAUGAAUGUAGGGACUGUGGGAAAAGUUUUGUUACACGAAGAGACCUUCAGAUUCAUCAGAGAAUCCACACAGGGGAGAAGCCGUACGAGUGUGAGGAAUGUGGGAAAUGCUUCUCCAGAAAUGACCACCUUGGAAGCCAUAAGAGGGUCCACACAGGAGAGAAGCCAUAUAGAUGCAUAGAAUGUGGGAAAUGCUUUGCUCGUCAGGGAGUCCUUUGGACACAUCAUAAAACCCACACAGGGGAGAAGCCAUAUGAGUGCAACGAAUGUGGAAGAUUUUAUCGUACCUCAUCAGCCCUUAAAAGUCAUGUGAAAACUCACACGGGGGAAAAAAACUACAAAUGUUUGGACUGUGGGAAAGCAUUUGCUCAGUCAUCUCACUUUAGAAGUCACAGCCGAAUCCAUACAGGAGAAAAGCCCCAUAAAUGCUCAGAGUGCAAUAAAUGUUUUUCUCAGAAAAGUACUCUGGUAAGACAUCAACGAAUCCACUCUGGAGAAAAACCGUAUAAGUGUCUGGAGUGUGGAAAACGUUUUGCCGGAUCUUCAGCACUGCGCAAGUACUCCAGAAGUCACACAGGAGAGUGGCCUUACAAGUGUGCAGAGUGUGAGAAACCAUUUCAUUGCAAAUCAAAGUUAAAAUUGCACCAGAAAGUCCAUAACAGAGAGAAACCUGUUUAGUUGUGAACAAUGUGGAUUUUUCUUUUUUAACAUCACAUGUUAUAAUUCACUAGGAACUGAGUUAUAUGUGUGUUGGCAGAGAACGGGAAGUCUUUGAUUUCUGACCAUAAAUGGGAAUGGAUUUCUGAUCAUAAGUUGCUACAAUCAUAACCUGUACCCAGAUAUCCUUAUUUUUUACUAGCCCUUGUUAAUGAAUAGGGAUUUAGAGAGCAGAAAAAUGGGUUGAGGGUGGAAUGAAGAUGAUCUUAUUAUUUUAUUUAGUGAUACAGGGUUGGUGUUGAAUAUGCUGUUUGAGGAUGAAGAGGAAACAUUUAUUUUUCCUACUAUGGAUUUUUUUCCCCACAUUGUUUUUUCAUACGUUCACGGACAUACAUGCAGUAUAUUCACAAUCAUACUAG